AUGGCAUCCCAAACACCGAUGGAAGAUGCUAUCAGACAAAAGCUCACAGAGACUCUUGCGCCUGCAAGUCUGGUAAUCCAUAACGAUUCACAUAAGCAUUCACACCACAAAGCAAUGCAGGGUGUGACGUCUAAGGAGACACAUUUUCGCCUUGAGAUCAUUUCAGAAGCUUUCAUGGGCAAGCCGCAAAUAGCUCGCCACCGCAUGGUGAACCAGUUGAUGAAGGAUGAAAUGGCGGCGGAGGGAGGUAUUCAUGCUUUGCAGCUGACGACGAGGACGCCUGAAGAAGACGAACGACUUCGGUCGAAGGAUGUUUCGUGA